AUGCGGUCUUUCAAUUUAUUUCUAUUUUCUAUUAUUUCGCCCCUUGCCCUGGGAAAACUGUGCCCAAUUCUAGGGCCUGCGUUCCCAGCACCCACGGACGUUGCCAACAGUCCGUCAUUCACAAAGGCCAAGCACCAACUGCUCAGCUAUAUCAACAAAGCGAUUCAUGCAUCCAACACUUCGGAAACUUCGGGGGUCAACCCUGAUACGGUAUCGUUUGCUAUCCAGGUCUUUAACACAAAGACAGACCAGCCGCUUCUUGAAUACUACCAUACAGCACCGUCGAUUCAGAAUAGCACGGUAGGGGUGACAAAAGUUGACGCUGACACCGUAUUCCGAAUUGGUAGUGUUUCCAAGCUGUGGACUGUUUUGCUUCUCUUAAUCGAGAAGGGAGAUACGUCGUUUAGUGAACCUGUCACAAAAUACGUCCCUGAGCUGCGGGAUGCUGCAAAAGAGCUUCGGGUUAACUCUACUGUUCGGAAUGAUGAGGUUGAUCAUCUCCGCUGGGAUGAAGUCACGAUUGGAGAGCUAGCAAGCCAUAUGACUGGUGUCAUUAGAGAGUAUGGGUCUAUCGAUAUAGCAGCCGUUUCUUCCUCAACACCCCAGGGGUUCCCAGAGCUUCCCAAGUCGAAUAUCCCACCAUGUGGAACAGUAGUUGCAUGCACUCGCUCUGAAUUCUUUGACGGCGUUCUGAAAAGCCACCCAAUACUUCACACCAGCUCGACCCCUAUCUACUCCAACCCCAGUUUCCAGAUCCUAGCAUAUGCUCUAGAAGCCAUGACAAACCAGACGUACCCAUCUCUCCUCCAAAAGGACCUAGUAAAACCUCUAGGCCUGACACGCUCAAGCUGGGACAAGCCAGAAGACAACGUCUCCAUCAUCCCCGGACCCGCCAUGACCAGCUUCUACGGCGUAGACGCCGCCGGUGAGACACCCGCCGGAGGCCUCUACUCCUCAACCAGGGACAUGACAACUGUCGGCCGCGCAAUCCUCAACAACACCCUCCUCCACCCCUCCCUAACAAGACGAUGGAUGAAGCCCCACGCCCACACCUCCAGUCUCGACUUUUCCGUCGGUGCACCAUGGGAAAUCGUCACGCUAUCUUCUCCCCGACUCAUAGAUAUCUACACCAAAUCCGGAGACCUAGGAAUGUACUCCUCCAUGCUCGCCCUAUCCCCAGACCACGGAGUGGGCUUCUCGAUCCUCGCCGCCGGAAACUCUACAACCGAAGCUGUCGCCCUCCUCACUGACCUUACCAUCGCCUCUAUUAUUCCCGCCCUAGAAGCCGCAGGCAGAGAAGAAGCCGCGAAACAGUUCGCAGGCGAAUAUACCUCCGCGAAUGCCUCGAUCAAAAUCACCACCGAUGACGAACCAGGCCUUAAAGUAACCGAGUGGUCCAACGAGUCUGUGGAUAUGAUGCAGUUUUUGGUGGCUAAAUUGGGGUUAAAGAGGGCUUCUGAUCUCAGUGCUCGGUUGUAUCCCUCUGGACUUACGAGUGCGGGACGGGUUGGCUUCAGGGCUGUGUUCCGGGAUGCGUCGCAGGGGGAGGAGGGCAUUGGGCCUGUUACGAGGGCUUGUCAGACUUGGUUUUCUGCUAGUGGUAUUGUUUAUGGGAAUGUGGGGGUUGAUGAGUUCGUGUUCGAGGUUGGGGGGGAUGGGAGGGCGGUUACGGUUUCGCCUAGGGCUUUGCGGGCUGAGAUGGUGAGGAAGGGGGUGUAG